UGACCAUGAAAAGAGCAAAACAGCAAGCAAGCAUCUAGCGGCGUGCCCCUCAUCGAUCGUUAGCCUCGCCAUGGCGGGCGUCCUGCUCACCAUCCUCGCCUUCCUCCUCGUGCUGCCGUCAGCAACGGCAAUAGGGAAGGUCUGCGGCAACGCCGGCAACUACACGGCCAACGGCACCUACCAGUCCAACCUCGCCUCCGUCGCCGCCACCCUCCCGAACAACACCUCCUCCUUGCCGCAGCUCUUCGCCAACGCUACCGCCGGCCAAGGCGCCGAUGCGGUCUACGCGCUCGCGCUCUGCCGCGGCGACAUGACCAACAACCUCACCGGCUGCAGCGAUUGCGUCGCCGGCUCGUUCCGGUACGCGCAGCGGAUGUGCCCCAACGACAGGGCCGCCAGCGUCUACGACGACGGCUGCCUCGUCGGCUUCUCCAACCGUAACUUCCUCGUCCCGGCCAAUAAUAAUGUUACGCAAGAUACCAGCACGCUCUUCGAGUUCUGGAACCCGGGGAGCCUCGCCGGCAACGCCACCCUGGUGAGCGCCGGCGUCCGCGACCUGCUGGCGCAGACUGCCCAGGAGGCCGCCAACAACAACGGCACGCCGGCGCGGUUCGCCACCGCGGUCAUGGACGCCUCCGCCAGCGCCACCCAGACGCUCUACUCCAUGGCGCAGUGCACGCCGGACCUCUCCGCCGGCGACUGCCUCUCGUGCCUCCGGUGGCUCAUCGGCAUGGUCAACGACACCACAUCCGUGCGCAAGGGGGGGCGGAUCCUCGUGCUCCGGUGCAACGUCAGGUUCGAGACGAACAUGUUCAACGAAGGCCCGCCCAUGAAGCGGAUCACGCCGUCGUCAUCGGGCCCUCCGGCGCCGCCCGUCCCGGCUCCAACGCCAGAUAAGAGAUCUGGGAUCAAGCCCUGGGUGAUUCCCUUGAUUGUAGCACCUCCUCUAGCGGUCGUUGCAAUAUGUUUCAUCUUUUACUGCUGUUGGAAAAGAAGAAGGAACAGAAAAGGCAAUUUGAGAUUACGACGAAAGCAUGCUAACAAGUUGCAAGCAGGAGAUGAACUAGAUUGGGAGAUGGAAGCAGAGCUCUCAGAGUUUUCAGUUUUCGACUUCCAUCAGAUACUGCAGGCUACAGAUAACUUUUCUGAAGGAAACAAACUUGGGGAAGGUGGAUUUGGCCCCGUAUAUAAGGGUCAGUUUCCUGAGGGAAUUGAAAUAGCUGUUAAGAGACUUGCUUCACAUUCAGGACAAGGUUUCAUCGAGUUCAAAAAUGAGGUACAACUCAUAGCAAAACUACAGCACACAAAUUUGGUUAGGCUCUUGGGAUGUUGCUCCCAAGAGGAGGAGAAAAUUUUGGUCUAUGAAUAUUUGCCAAACAAAAGCUUGGACUUCUUUAUCUUUGAUGAAAAUAGAAAAUCUUUAUUAGAUUGGAACAAACGAUUAGCGAUAAUUGAAGGAAUAGCAGAAGGACUUCUCUAUCUACAUAAGCACUCCCGUUUGCGUGUCAUACAUCGAGAUCUUAAACCAAGCAACAUUCUUUUGGACAGCGAACUGAAUCCUAAAAUUUCAGAUUUUGGGCUAGCAAAAAUAUUUAGCUCAAAUAACAUUGAAGAAAGCACUACAAGGAGAGUGGUUGGUACAUAUGGCUACAUGGCUCCUGAAUAUGCCUCCGAGGGGCUCUUCUCUAUCAAAUCCGAUGUAUUUAGCUUUGGCGUUCUCGUUCUUGAGAUCCUUAGCGGAAAAAGGAAUUCCGGUAGCCAUGAAUGCGGAGAUUUCAUCAAUAUCCUUGGAUAUGCAUGGCAAUUAUAUGAAGAGGAAAGAUGGAGUGAACUCGUUGAUUCUUCAUUGGUAACCAUGAGUCACUCAGCUGAAAUGAGGAGGUGCAUGAACAUUGGGUUGCUAUGUGUGCAAGAGAAUGCAGCUGAUCGACCAACCAUGUUAGAUGUUGUUGCAAUGCUAAGCAGCAAGACUAAAAUUUUGGCUGAGCCGAAGCACCCAGCGUAUUUCAAUGUACGGGUAGGAAAUGAAGAAACACCAACUACUACUAAGUCAUGUAGCAUCAAUGAGAUGACCAUAUCUGUCACAACUCCUAGAUAGAUUUUUAUGGUGCCAUGUGGAUUUUUUCUGAGCCAACCUAUAAUAUAAUUUUUUGAGAUGUGCGAUGCUCUUGUUUCAUUAAGAGAAUUGA